GCCUGUGUUUUUUUUUUUCCGCCCUCACCACGUGGCCGGGACCAAGCGACAAGCCCUAGGAACAACCUACAAACCCUAGUGACAUAUGCAACAGCACCUCUCCCCCCCCCCNGAAGAGGGACUUGUCGUGCUUGACAACCGCAAGUACGUCAAGUGGGCAGAUGAUCUCGGAGAUGUAUCGAUGUUCCCUUCGAUGAAGGAGAAUGUGAAAGCAAGGAGAAUAAAGACGAGUAAAGGAAUGGAGCCGGUCAGGAGCCAGAGCAUCAAGAUAACCUUUGAGGGGGACAUGGCGACCACACCCAUAAGGGUGGCAGCCACCAAGUCGGCAAGAGGGUCUACAUCGAAGAAAACUGACACGGAUUACGUGAUGACGGAAAAGGACGGGCAGCGGAUCGAUGGCGAGGAGGUUAUCCUUUCGCCGCGAAAGCGGGGAGUGAAGAAGUUCUUAAUGAAGAGCUCGCUGGACGAGAUUGACACGGUAGAGCCAUUGAGGCGGGCCCUUCGGCAACCCAUGCAGUGCUCUAUUCUGGAGUACCUCGCGGCAUCGAAGCCGGCUCGUGAUGAGUUACAGAUGAUUACCCGGAAGACUCGCAUACCUCUAUCGGAGGAGGGUCAGCCCCCUAAGGCGGAAGCUUCUACAGUAGCAGUAACGGGGGUGACUGCCAGAGCGGAUCGCAUGGCGACAGCCCUUCUCGAUGGAAUGGAAGGUGUGCCUCCAGACAAGUUUUAUAUACUUGGUAGCGGGGCCGUGGAGACGAUUAUAAACGAGGAAGCGGUACUCGAUGCUGUGAUUGAUAACGGCAGUGAGGCUGUCAUCAUAGACGAGGACCUGGCGGUACAAGUUGGACUGGGCCUCGAUAGGUCAUACCUAUUCGAGAUAGAGACGGCUGAUGGGAGAAAGCAACGGAUCACUGGGGUUUGUCACAAGGCAGUCAUAGAGGUCCAAGGGGUGCGAGUGACCCUGCCUGUCUUUGCAGUCAAGAACUGCAGCUCCGACCUGCUCUUCGGUCGAACGUGGCUCAGCCACGUGCAUGCGGUGACGAUAGAGCGACCUGAUAGGAGUCAAACAUCGUCCAUUAAGAAGCCAGACGGGACGCGGGUAAUGAUUGAGACAGUGGAGCCUCGGGACCCGAGGAACAGAGCAGCUCUCGCUGUGGGUGCAAGACCCAGUGAUCAGAUAAAGUCGUUGCCUAUCUCCAGCUGCGCAGUGCGAUUUCGCGAGAAGAAAUAUGGGUCACUGCUCACAGAGGAAGAAGGUCGGAUGGUGGAGGUGGAAGACUUAGGGAGUCGGCUAAUAGUGGAUGGCAACUCGUACCCAAAGGGGAAAGAUGAGGAAUUUGGCGGUGUGGUAUCYGUGUCUUUUUUAAGGGCACGGCCCCCUAUGGGGGGCUACCCAAGCGACACAAACGAGUAGCUCAAAAAGUUAAGCCAGCGGCGGUGGGCCGCGAACGAUCUGCACUAGAAGGGAUAUUGGAAGAAGAGAUCGCAAAAUAAAUCAAAGAAAGAAAG